AUAGAUUCAGUCACACCUCCACACUCCAACAAGCGGAUGCGUUUUACUUGCCUUUUCUCGUACAUUCUGACUUCCCUGCUCGACUUAUUGAGCAAACUUUGCUAACGGGGCCACAAUAUUUCAUCUAUGUGUCGGCCGGAGUAUUUGCGAAUCGCAGCUGCGUUUUAAUGUACCCGCUUCGGCACAUUAUAAUUAACACCAAAGCCAUAUUUCGGAGCUUGAAGACGGUGUUUCUUCAGCACAUCGGGUGUCAAAGGCGCCAGCAACAUCCGCCCGUUAAAGAUUGAGGUGACUGACAAGGUGAUGAGGGGCCAUAAUGCGUAUCUGUGGUUUAACUGAAGAGAAGAGCUUGAGGCUGACCAUGCUGCUGCGAAGACCGAGCAUAAGCGAGACAAGCCAAGAUGGCCUAAAGCACUAGGAAGUGACGCCUAAUGUGAAGCCUGCCUGCUGGAGAGUGCUGACUGCACACCUACUGUAUGAGAAAUAUUUGAAGCAUAGGCCAGUUCAGUUGACUGGUUUGCCCCUACUGGAGAGCAUCUCUGAUUCAUGGAGCUUACACAAAGCAGAUCUAUAAAUCGUCUGCUUUGAAAACUGCCACCUAUUCUCAGAAAUAGCAGAGGGAUUAGCUUUUUUAUCCCACUAACUUCACGAGAAAAACUUAACUAUAGAAUUUCUUCCAAGAGCCAAGGACAUCCUGAGGAGUGAGAUCCAAUCAUGAAUGGCUUGACGGAGAUGUCGGUGAAGUGUGUUCUUGUCGGGGACAACGCAGUUGGCAAGACAGCCUUGCUGGUCCGCUUCACCUCAGAGACCUUCCCAGACUCUUACAGGCCCACAGUGUUUGACAGUACAGGUGUGGAAGUGUAUAUGGAUGGUGUCCAGAUCAGCCUGGGCCUCUGGGACACGGCAGGCAAUGACAACUUCAAGCAGAUCCGACCAAGAUCAUACCACCAAGCCGACGUUGUGCUCAUCUGCUAUUCUGUGGCUAACCCUAACUCUCUAGCUAGCAUCCAACGCAAGUGGAUCGCUGAGAUUCGAGAACACCUUCCCAAGGUACCAGUGCUGGUCGUUGCGACCCAGACUGACCUCAGGGAAGCGGGAGUGCAUCGAGGGACCUGCAUCACGCCGGCCGAAGGGAAACGCAUGGCUCGUGAAGUCCACGCUAAGGGUUACCUGGAGUGCUCCUCCUUAAGCAACCGCGGUGUGCAGCAGGUGUUUGAGUACGCAGUGCGGACUGUUUUUAAUCAGGCCAAGAAACAAGCCAGGAGACGCAUGUUCAGCUUAAACCAGUGCAAAGCCUUUUGACCUUUUACCUUCAUUUGGUUGCUACCUAUGGUUUCUUUCAGAUGACCUUUUAGUAUACAGUUCAAACUCAAUCAGCUGUAUAGAGGUGAAGGGUUCCUAAGUGGGAUUUCCCUGGUAUUUGUUUUUCACUAAGCCUCCCCAAAACUCCCCUGAACUCAAACAUGUUUGAAAGUGAGAAUACAUUUUUAGAAAAGUAAACCUAAUAAACCAGAAGGCAAGUGUACAGAAAUGGACGGUUUAUGUUUAUAUGAUGGGGAGACGAAGUUGUACAGUGUUCUCACAUGGCCGUACAGUUUGUUAAUGGGACAGAGGAUUCAUGUAAAAGACUUUCUUUACUUCAAGCACUGAAGCUGUACUCAGAGCGAAACAUAUUUAUGUGUCUGCUGGAGAUGCAUCAUGACAUUAACUUUAAAUUACUGCAAAUAAUACAUUAACUAACACAAAUGAAAUGAUACAACACAGUUUUUUUUACAGUUUAACCUUAACUUUUGUUAAGGUUACAUUAUUUUACACAUUGAUUUGUACAUUUGUCUUAAUCAAAGAUAAAAUCUACUUCCCUUUUUUUUGUCAUUGAUUAAAUGAACAUUGAUUUGGGCUUAUUUUGUCAUUUGGCUCAGAAAUGCAUGGUACUUGCUCUUAUUGAGCUCUUCAUGACAUCUUUGAUUAUAGUGAAAUUUUAUUGGAUGUGAUUUAGAAUUGAAAUGUUAAAUAAUGAUUUAACAAAUACCUGCGGGCUGUAUGUUUCUGUCAUAAAUACGUGUCGAACUCAGUCAAGGUGUAGAAAUAUUUGCAGUUCAGUUCAAAAUCUGCAUGGAAAAUAUGCAGAAAAAGCCUGAAGAUGUUAUGAACAGUUAUUGAUUGAUUGAUUCAUGGAUUUUAAUAUAAAAAAAUCUAAAAUAAAGGGAUUUGAUUGUA